UUGCUGGGUCGUGUUUCCCCCCUGUUCAGCUGGAGGCGGGACUCGCCAAAAUAGUUUCGUCAUCAUCUUAACCAGCUCAUUUGGACUGGAAUCCGGUCAUGGAAACUUCUGACUUCAUAGCUCGCUAGAAGAAGAAUCAAGCUCUGGAGUAACUGGUAAAUCACCUGCAUGAAAUGGUUGGAUGGAAACCUUGUUCGUGACAACCUAAACAUUUGUCUUGACAGUUGGUAACAGGGAUGUUUGCAUGACUGGCACAGAUGGGAGAUAGCAUGGUGGAUCAGAACAGUCCUAUGCGGGUGUUGGUGACUGGGGGGACUGGUCUGGUGGGUAGGGCCAUAGAACAUGUUGUCAAAGAAGAGGGAGGAGCGCGGGAGGGAGAGGAGUGGAUCUUCCUCUCCUCUAAGGAUGCAAAUCUCAUGGACAUGGGUGAGACGCAGGCAGUGUUUUUGAAGCACCAGCCCACCCACGUCAUCCACCUGGCAGCCAUGGUGGGAGGGCUCUUCAAGAACAUGAGGGCCAACCUAGACUUCUGGAGGAACAACAUCUACAUCAAUGACAACGUCCUGCAGGCAGCCCACGAGGUGGAUGCUGUCAGGGUGGUCUCCUGUCUCUCCACCUGCAUUUUCCCUGAUAAGACCACCUAUCCCAUCAAUGAGACCAUGAUCCACAACGGCCCUCCUCACGAGUCUAACUUUGGCUACUCCUAUGCUAAGAGAAUGAUCGAUGUCCACAAUAGGGCAUAUCACCAGCAGCGUGGGCGAUGCUACACAGCAGUGAUACCGACCAAUGUGUUUGGCCCCCAUGAUAACUUCAACAUCGAGGAUGGACAUGUACUUCCUGGCCUCAUACACAAAGCCUACAUUGCUCAGAAAGAGGGUAGUCCAUUGGUGGUGUGGGGCUCAGGAACUCCCAGAAGGCAGUUCAUCUACUCAUUGGAUCUGGCUCGUCUCUUCCUCUGGGUGCUGAGAGAGUACCCUGAGGUGGACCCCAUCAUACUGUCUGUUGGUGAGGAGGAGGAGGUGUCCAUUAAGGAGGCAGCAGAGGGCGUUGUCGAGGCACUGGGGUUCAAAGGUCAAGUGACUUAUGACAGAACAAAAGCAGACGGUCAGUUCAAGAAGACAGCCAGCAACGCCAAGCUGCUGCGGUACCGCCCCAACUUCACCUUUACCCCCUUCAAACAAGCCUUGAAGGAGACAUGUGAUUGGUUCAUGGCCAAUUACGACACCGCCCGCAAGUGAAGAUUCCUCAAAUCAGAUUGGCUGUUAGGAAACCAGUCCUAGGAAGGAAGGAGCAGGAAGAGGGGACUGUGAUGGAGGGGUCAGGAGGAGUGGAACUGAAGGUUCUAGAACUGACAAAGAACUUAGGACUUAGAGUGUACAUGAAGAACAUUAUCUGCCAUUAAAUGAAGUCCUGUUAGACUGAUGUAAUGUGGUCCUGAUCAUGUUGCUGAGAUUCCAUGAAGAAUGUGUAGAGUGUAGGCUGGGCAAAUCGCUCUGUUUUAACACUCAAACAGCAUCCUGUUUUAAAUAUCAGUUGUACUCAAACUAUUUGAGAAGGUGGCAAAGGUCUGGAUUGCUAUUGUAAUUUAUCGGCGUAGUAAUAAAUCCUCAACCCAUUCGACCCCAAACUGUUGACACCCCUUUUGUUGGCAGAGAAAAAUUAGAUGUUUUAAAGCUAAUUUCCUGCAAUUCUACACAUUUUCCAUGUCUUAUUUGUUGAUAUACCAGGAGUUGAAUCCUGACUGUAUUGACCCCAUUCUGAGUCUAGAUCCAGCCUACGGUCCAACUGUUGAGUAUGGCUGCCCUAUAUAGUACACUACUUUUGACCAGAGAUCUAUGGCACUAUGUAGGACAGGGAUGGGCAACUCCAGUCCUUGAGGGCCUGAUUGGUGAAACACUUUUCCCCCAUCCCUAGCCAACACAGCUGAUUAAACUAAUUACAUUCUCAACUGAAGAUCAUGAUUAGUUGAUUAUUGGAGUCAGGUGUGUUAGCUGGGGCUGGGGCAAAACUGUGACACCAAUCAGGCCCUGAGGGACUGGAAUUACCCACCCCUGAUGUAAGAUGUGUCCCAAAUAGUACCCUAUUUCCUAUCUUGUCUGGAGUGACCAGCAGGACUCCUAUCUCCUCUAUAACCAUGUCUAUACCAUAUGACUAGAGUGGGUAUAAUGGACUUAAACAAGUUCUUUGUCCAUAGGAUUUCCUCUAUGUCCACCCAAUAUGGCAACAAAAUAGAAUUUUCCACAAAUCGUUGUGCUGCCAUUUUGAGUGGGUUGUUCACUACUCAAUUUGCCAGCUGUAUCAUAUAGAAUACCAGGUGGUUUUGGAUAUGUUCUUUUAUAUCUUUCUUUACUAAAUACAACUGUGCAAUAUGUACAUGAGUGGUGGGCUGAGAGAAUAAAUCAAUGUUUAUUUGAA